UUGCCGAUAAAAGGAAAUCCGUGAAGUCUCUGGCUUAAUUUCACAAUAAAAGGUGUAAAAGAAAACAUAAUAAUAUUAUUUUUUAUUAAAAUGUUUCCACUAUAAAAUUUAUCUGUUAAAAUAAUCAUAAGUACAAUCACAAAUACUUUGGUUAAAUAUGGAGGAGAAGGUGCAGAAAUAGCUGACGGAUACUGAUUUGACCAACGCGGUAAGGCUACGUUUAGAAGGCAGCCAUCUUGCAAUCCCUAAUCAAAGAUCUUCGGCUAGCGGCUAUCGCUGUCUGAUUUUCAGCCGGUUAAUAUCAACACACAGUUCAACAAAUGGCUUUAAAACGAAUUAAUAAGGAACUUCAGGACCUUGGUAGAGAUCCACCUGCGCAAUGCUCCGCCGGUCCUGUGGGAGACGAUUUAUUCCAUUGGCAAGCAACUAUUAUGGGACCACCUGACAGUCCAUACCAAGGAGGAGUGUUUUUCCUUACAAUUCAUUUCCCCACAGAUUAUCCAUUCAAACCACCUAAGGUUGCUUUUACAACUAGAAUUUAUCAUCCAAAUAUCAACAGUAAUGGGAGUAUUUGUUUGGACAUUUUAAGAUCGCAAUGGUCCCCAGCACUUACCAUAUCAAAGGUUUUACUAUCAAUAUGCUCCCUGCUCUGCGAUCCAAAUCCAGAUGACCCGCUGGUACCAGAGAUAGCAAGGUUAUAUAAAACUGACAGGGAGAAGUACAAUGAAUUGGCACGUGAAUGGACGCGCAAGUAUGCCAUGUGAUGCGCCAAUCUCCGUUGACUUCAACAUCCAAAAGCCACCAACAAACAGCCCCAGCCUAUUGCCACUUAUGCAUCAGCACCGAUUGAAAUUAGCUAUGGCUCGUCUACUUUAAAACUUAAGCCAAUACUCGGGCUCGAAGAAUGCUCAGACAAACGUGAUCAAACUGAAGUUCCCUUCGUCCCGAGAGGCCUGCGAAUAUUGAGACGUUGCCACAAUGGCAAUUAAGGCAAUUUAAAAGGUGGUCACAUAACAUUAUAUAUAUAUAUAUAUAAAUCAGGAAAAAAAGAAACAUGUCCGCUUUGAUUUUCAUAAAUAAAAAUGGAAGUAAAAUAUAGGAGAGUGAAAGUAGGAUUUGUAUUUGAAUUUAAUAGUUUAAUUUUUAAUUAUUGUGCUUAUAAUAUCGCAACAUUAUAUACCUACUUUCUCAGUGAAAUGAAAACCUUGAACUGACAGUACACCUAUUGUUAGUCUUAACGCAGGUGAGCAAUGUUUGCCCGUCCCUUGGAACGAUACGGUCACUUUUUUGUAAGACUGGGCUAUAUAUAAAUACUACUGAAACUAUA